CCCGGAUCAAAUCGCCACAGAAAAUUCCCAGAAAAAUAACAAGCACUUGUUCAUCAUCAAAGUAAACGCCGCAGAACCCUAGCGAGGCGUUCCUCCAACGACUCACCUCCCACCCACUCACCCACCCCAUGGCGACCAACCCCUCCAACGGCGCCGGCGCCGACGUCCCUGCAGCCCCGGCGGCGGUGCGGCUCUCGGUUGCGGCGCAGGCGGCCGCGAUCCAGCCCUCUUCCCCGCGCUUCUUCUUCUCCUCGCUUGCCGGGACCAACCCGGCCUCCCCGCACCGUCGCAUCGCCAUCGCCGUUGAUCUCUCCGACGAGUCCGCCUUCGCAGUCAAGUGGGCCGUGCAGAACUACCUCCGCCCCGGGGACGCCGUCGUGCUGCUCCACGUGCGCCCCACUUCCGUCCUCUACGGCGCCGACUGGGGCUCCAUCCCGGUCUCCGUCGCUGACGAGGACGACGCUGCCGAGGACGCCGCCGCCGCCGCCGAGGGCGGUCCCUCGGAGGAGGAGCUGCAGAAGAAACGGGAGGAGGACUACGACGCCUUCACCUCCACCAAGGCGCAGGACCUCGCGCAACCGCUGGUCGACGCCCAGAUCCCCUUCAAGAUCCACGUCGUCAAGGACCACGACAUGAAGGAGCGCCUCUGCCUCGAGGCUGAGCGCCUUGGCCUCUCCGCCAUGAUCAUGGGGAGCCGCGGUUUCGGGGCCUCCCGGAAAGGCAGCAAGGGGCGGCUUGGGAGUGUUAGUGAUUACUGCGUACACCACUGUGUAUGUCCUGUUGUGGUUGUUCGCUACCCUGAUGAUGCUGCAGAUGCCGGUGGAGAUGCAUCAGGGGUGACAGAUGAGUUGCACACUGUACCAGAGGACGAACCUGUUUAUCACGAUGCACCUGAGGUGCAGAAAGAAAACUGAGGCAACGGCCACAUGCGGCUGAAGAACGAAGGAAAACAUGAGGCUUGUAGUGAGGCAAUCCUGUGUAUCUGGAAGAUGGGACCGGCUGUUUAUCUUUGCUUCUAUAUAUCAACUGCGUAUCAUGAUCAGCUGUCUGCUUCCCGUUGAGUUUCAUAUCGGAGUCGUAGAUCAUCUGAGUUUUUUGUUGGUUUGCUUGUGAGAUGUAGAGUACUCUUCCCGUGGGUCGAAGGUGUCUUGCAGAUGCUUGAACUUUAUGUUGUCGAACGGUAGUUAUCUACACGGUAUCAUCUUCUCUGUUAAGCCUGUUUAGUGUUUACUGUAUUGGAUACUCGUUAAUAGAGAACCGCUACUUUUCAGUAUUUAUUAUCACCUGUAUAUUGGAUAAAAUUAUUGCUUAGCUUAUGCUUGCAUGCUCCA